AUGAGAUUUACCGCACUUACUCUUUUGGCCCUGGGUGCCUCAACCUCAGCCUACGUUGUGCCAAACAACAAGCAAGCCGUCGAUAAUGCCGUCAAAGCACGCAUGCCAGGAAGCGGACCUGUGCACGCGACCAACCUCGUAGCUGCACUCGCAGAUCGUGGAGUUGAAGCUCGCCACCAUAAGGGUAAAGGCGGAGCGGGCGCCGCUGGUGGUGCCGGAGGCGCUGGUGGUCUAGCCAAGCUCUUCGGCCGUGAUGCUCAAGAGUUGACCCAAGAAGAGGACGACGCUCAUUGGGCUGACCUUCACACUCGCUCUCCUCACCACAAGGGCAAGGGAGGCAACGCCGGCGGAGCUGGUGGCCGCGGCAAAGUGUCCGGCCGUGAUGCUCAAGAGUUGACUCAAGAGGAGGACGACGCUCACUGGGCUGAUCUUCACACUCGUUCUCCCCACCACAAGGGCAAGGGAGGCAACGCUGCCGGUGCCGGGGGAGCUGGUGGCCGCGGCAGACUGUCUGGACGUGAGCCUGAAGCACACCACAAGGGCAAGGGCGGAAACGCUGCUGGUGGUGCCGGAGGCGCUGGUGGUCUAGCCAAGCUCUUCGGCCGUGAUGCUCAAGAGUUGACCCAAGAAGAGGACGAUGCUCAUUGGGCUGAUCUUCACACUCGUUCUCCCCACCACAAGGGCAAGGGAGGCAACGCUGCUGGUGCCGGGGGAGCUGGUGGCCGCGGCAGACUGUCUGGACGUGAGCCUGAAGCACACCACAAGGGCAAAGGCGGAAACGCUGCUGGCGCUGGCGGUGCCGGCGGCCUCGCCAAAUUGUUCGGACGUGAGCCUGAGGCACACCACAAGGGCAAGGGAGGCAAUGCUGCCGGUGCCGGAGGAGCUGGAGGCCUCGCUAAACUGUUCGGACGCGACCCUGAAGCACACCACAAGGGCAAGGGAGGCAACGCUGCCGGUGCUGGUGGAGCUGGAGGCUUGGCCAAGUUGUUCGGACGUGACCCCGAAGCGCACCACAAGGGCAAGGGCGGAAAUGCUGCUGGUGCUGGCGGUGCCGGCGGACUCGCCAAACUGUUCGGACGUGACCCAGAGGCACACCACAAGGGCAAGGGAGGCAACGCUGCCGGUGCUGGUGGACGUGGCAAGCUAUCCGGCCGUAACCCCCAGGAGUUGACCCAAGCCGAAGACGAUGCCCACUGGGCCGACCUUCACACUGGCGACAACUAA